AUGUUGAAAUUAGAGUAGGUUUUGGAAAUCUUAUAUGAAAAAUUUAUGUAUACCUUUGUAUGUAGAUUUUUUGAGUUCCAGUGCUGUGCAAAAAAUAAAAAGUGAAAUCGUUUUGCUAAAUUAUUGGAUAUUGUUAUUUCUGUAACUUCUGGUAGUUCCGUGAAUGUGGAUGCGUUACAGAAAUCUUUCGGAUUGGAAAUUAUCAAGUUCUUAGCCUCAAUGUUAAUUGCAACUACACACAACAGCACAAUGGCGUUUAGUGGACACUUGGAUGCAGAUGGUAACAUUGUUUUCAGCAAUGAGUCUUACGUUGGACGCACAUGCAUAAGCAGUCUAACAACGUCAUCGGACCAUUCGAAGGAAUCGCAUUAUUCGGAGCAAUCGGGCUCCGAUUCGCUCGAGUUUCUUUCGGGUCAACGAUGGGAGCCCCCCUCCAAUCUGCAAGCUAUUUCGAAAUUGUUUUACAAGAACCAGGAUGAGUCGCCAAACUCAUCGUCAUCGCCUUUAUCAUUGCCGACAGCAGGCGGCAACAUUUAUUCAAGCAAUAAUGGACGUACCAAAUCGCUCUACAGCUUCAAGGAGAUGUACGGCUCCCUCAAACGGACGGAUACAGAAACUACCGUAUUACCUUCGCUUGAGCUACGGUCAAGAUGCAGCACUCUAGAUUAUAUGCGUGAUUUGAAAGGUUUAAAGCUGGAUCGUGAGCCGCAGGUGGCCUACAAUACCUGGUAUGCUGCAAAGCAAAGGCAGCGCAAGCAACUACUGCAGAGCCAGAAGACUCUGUUCGAGAAUGAGCAACAGAAGAAGGAGCAACGCAAGCUGCAAUCCAAACUAUGCUACGAGAAAUGGUUGCGCGAUAAAUCGCGUCUGGCGUCAGAGCGGCGUCUAGAAAAUCAUAUGCAACACGCGGCCCUAAAGGCAGCCACUUCUGUGGCAGGUGGAAGCCCGUCGAAUAAUAAGCCUGUGCGCAGUGUUACGCAGUCGGAGAUUAUACACGUAGUGCAGAGCUGGUGGAUGAAGAAGCAACAGCAGCAGCAGCGACAGCGCGAAGAGAAACAAUAUCAUCUGCUCAAGAAGAGGCGGGACGAGCAACUGCGCAAGCAGCUGGCCGAAAAUGCAUGGCAAAAGUGGAUGAGCAAUGUUUACGAUAAGCCCAAGCCGGUGCCAAUGAAUCAGGGUAUCGAUUCAUUGCGUGGUACCGUUUCCCAGAUUUAUAUAAAUCCCAUGUCCUGGGAGCCGCUUGAAAACAUUAAAAAGAGUGACUAUGUCACAAGUUAGAGAUGUUAGUGAUUGUGAUAAUGGCACAGUUGUUGGCAUUAUAAUAGUUGUCAGCAGCAGGAACAAACCAUUACAUUUAAUUAAGUUCAUCUUUGAAUUUGAAGUGCUGCAGUCAAUAAGAUUAUUUCUUAAGUAAUGUAGUGAUAUAUAUGUAGAUUAAGGGAUCCACUUCAAUAAAUACUUAAGCUCAGAUUCAGCAUAUUGUUCAUAUAACAACUCUAAAUGUAAAGCAAAAAUAAAAAAUACACACUCCAA